AUGUCCUACCCGGUGACCAGCCAGCCCCAGUGCGCCAGCAGCUGCUACCAGACCCAGCUCAGCGACUGGCACACGGGGCUCACCGACUGCUGCAACGACAUGCCCGUCUGUCUGUGUGGCACUUUCGCGCCGCUGUGCCUCGCCUGCCGCAUCGCCGACGACUUCGGCGAGUGCUGCUGCGCGCCCUACCUGCCCGGCGGCCUGCACUCGCUGCGCACGGGCAUGCGCGAACGUUACCACAUUCAGGGCUCCGUUGGGCACGACUGGGCGGCGCUCACCUUCUGUCUGCCCUGCUCCCUCUGCCAGAUGGCCCGAGAACUGAAGAUCAGGCAGUGA